AUGUCUAAACUAUUUACCCUCGAGGAUGUCGCCAAGCAAUCUACAGACAAGGGAGGUCUCAUUGUCAUCGACAAACUCGUCUACGACAUCACAAACUACAUGUCCCAACACCCUGGUGGAGACGAUAUUCUGGUAGAGGUGCUUGGCCAAGAUGCAAGUGAGGGGUUCCACGAAGUGGGCCACAGCGCCGAGGCGAUGGAAGCGCUGAAGGAGCUCAAAGUUGGAGAACUGGACACGACGCCUGUGAUUACCACCAAAUCCUUGCAAAAGUCGUCUUUUUCCGUGGCGCAAUUGUUUUCUGCAGCGGGGGUUGUGGCAUUGUCACUGGGAGCCAUGUUUCUGCGACACCACGUCCAGAACCCAUUUAGUCAAGCAAAAGAGUAA